UGCCCACACGUGAUAGCGAGCUUAAAGUGUACCAACUAAGAGAGAUGCUGAACGCAGUGGUUUUGAAAUCACUGACGACUAAAGCGCCAUCCUGAAAAACGCUUAACUUUCUUUUUUGGUGAGACUUAAAUAAGCAAACAUCAGCAAACGUGAACGGAAAAGAAAAAACGCGUUGAGGGCUUGGCCCCAGAAAGUUAAUUAUCAGUGAGGGCGAGCCACAAAAGUUGGCUCUAUAUUUUUUUCAUUCUGUAAGUGUGCCCACCAACCACCAAGAUUUCACCCAAAAGCAGACAAGAGGAUCGCCCUGCGCUGACUAGACUGGUCGGCAGGAAGCGGCUAAUAGCGGCCGGGGUCCUUGGUGUCGUCAUGGUGUUAGUGUUGGUGAUUCUGAUCCCGGUUCUGGUCAACUCCGCUGGUACCUCCGCACAUUAUGAGAUGCUCGGAACCUGCCGAAUGGUGUGCGAUCCAUACGGUACCAAAUCUCCGACCAGUACCGCAACAGCAGACACUGUGCGAGACAACAACCUUAUGCAGUCUUUACCAACUUUUAUACAAGGACAGAAAGGAGAACCUGGCCGCCCGGGAAAGGCUGGCCCCAGGGGCCCGCCAGGUGAACCAGGUCCACCCGGUCCAUCAGGGCCACCAGGGGAAAAAGGGGAACCUGGUCGGCCUGGACUUCCCGGACCCCCGGGAUCAAAUGCCGCCGCCGGGGCCAUCAGCGCAGCCACAUACAGCACCGUCCCCAAAAUUGCGUUUUACGCAGGCCUUAAGAAGCAGCACGAGGGGUACGAGGUGCUGAAAUUUGACGACGUUGUGACAAAUCUAGGUAAUCAUUACGAUCCAGCCACGGGGAAGUUCACUUGCUCUAUACCUGGAAUUUACUUCUUCACCUACCACGUCCUAAUGCGCGGCGGAGACGGCACCAGCAUGUGGGCUGAUCUGUGCAAAAACAACCAGGUUCGUGCCAGUGCCAUUGCCCAGGAUGCUGACCAGAAUUAUGACUACGCCAGCAACAGUGCUGUCUUGCACCUAGAGCCGGGCGAUGAGGUCUACAUCAAGCUGGAUGGGGGCAAGGCCCACGGUGGCAACAACAACAAGUACAGCACUUUUUCUGGAUUCAUCAUCUAUGCCGACUAGGAACUAUGGCACCUCUAAAUCCUCUCCCCACCACCUACCCCAAAUGUACAAACCCAACUCCUACCGAUCCUUCACAUCCGCCUUGCCACCACCCCCAACCCAUGGUUUGAAGCCAUGGUAUGAAGCUUCCCCUCGCUCUAAUUCUGAUUGUUAGAAGGUUGACAUGCUGGCCAGAGAGAUUAAUUGUACUUAUUAGCUGCGGGAUGUGAGUGUCACCUGAUCCUGUAUUGGAUCGCUUUUUGGAUCUGCUAGUGAACAAAUAAACAACAUGAAUGAGUAAGAGGAGAAGAAAAAAAUAUAGCCAAAACUAUUGAAUUGUAAAUCAAACACAAUGUGUUGACAUUCUGUGCCACCAAAGCAGUAUGUGGUGUAUAUCUUUCCUUGUGUAGCAAUGAAACAAAGCUUAAACAUAUGUAACGUUUACAAAACCUGACAAAUAUAUGUGCAAUAAUGUCUAUAACAAAAACAACUAUGGUUUAAACAUCCUUGCUGUGCAUUAUGUUACACCUCUGACCUCUGAGACAGCCAUUCAAGUCAAUGCUGCCUGAGGGUAACCUGGAAACUCUUAUGAAUAAUUGUUAAACAAAGUAGUAUGAGGUGGAUUCAUCAUAGAUUUUGCAGGGCGCAUCUUGAUUCUAAGAGGGUUCCUCUCCUUUCUUGCAUGCUCUGCUGUGACAGCAGGAAGGAGCACUCAACUGGCAGCUGACAUCUUGCAAUCCUCUUACUCAUCCUUUGUGAUUAUUACAUACUUUUUUUCCUAACCACAUAGGGCUUAGAGAACAUAAAACGUGGUGUUGCUAAUGGUCAGAGGUAGACACAAACACAUUUUGAUAUUAACCUGUCUGUUGAGAUUGUUUUUAUUCUCCAUCUUUCACUUGCAUUGUCCAGAUGUGACAAGUCAGACUGCUUUGUGGGAUUAUCUACUCCCCAUAUUCCCCAGUUAAAGUGUAUAGUAUUGGAAUGCUACCAAGAGCACUAUGCAUAAAUAGAUAAUUGCAAUGUAAAUGUAAUCUAUGUACCUUCAAGAAUGUUUAAAGAGUGUUGAUUGCACUCAUCAAUUCCUUUGUAAAUAUUGCAGUGAAUAUAUUAUUUUAUUUUUUCCUCCCUCAAUGUCCUAAGUUGAGCAAGUACAGCUCAACCAUUUCAUAUUAGAACAAUAUUCAAGUAAUUAAUGGAAAUGUAUUCAUUGAUUGUCAGAGUUAUAUCUUUAACAGUGUGUUUAUGUGUGUGUGUGUGUGUGUGUACACUGACAAAAAUAUGACUCGGACACGUGUGUGUGUGUGUUUGCAAACGUGUGUUUAUGUGUAUAUAUGUAUUGAGUGUGUAUGUGUUUACGUGUGUGUGUGAGUGCGCGAGAGUGCGUGCAUGUACUUACUUGAAACUUGCUUCUUUUGUCUUCCCAGAAUACAUGUCACCUGUAUACUG